AUGACUGAGCCUGGUUUUGCCGCGAGGGCUUUGCAAAGGGGUGCAGGGCCUUUGGCCAUUGAUGAGUGGAAGGCCUACAUUCACUGGAAGACUCUCCUGAGGGACGGCGACGGGAAGAUCGCUGAGGACGGCAAGCUGUCGUUGAACGUAGUCCUUGCGGACAUGCGCGAAACGGUCUCCGCCUACGGGGUCCUGACCCGAAAUCACUUGUCACAGGAAGACAGGAAGCAGCUUGCGGCGUUUAUCGCCACCGACCUCACCGACUUUGGUCUCCACACGGAGAUGCUGGACAAGCCGACCCCAACGUCGGCGGAUUUCAGACACUUCGUUGCGGCCGCGUACUCGGACGACGUGUCAUGGCGUACAGCCCGCGAGCGGAACCAGACGAUGUACCUGCUCGAUGCCAUCACGUUUGGGGUGAGUCGGAGUGGUGAGACCAUCACGUCUGGCGGCUACGAGACCGAGAACGCAGGUCUCGAGCACGGUGACCAGCGCUGGUUUGUGGUCGUGGGCGAGGACGACCGCAUCGAGCUUCGGUGUAUGGUCAAAUUCCGAUUGCUGAAAGGUCACCGUCACUCGUCGGAGUACAAGUACAUGGUGCUCCGCGAGGUCGACCAUGACCGCAACAGGGCGUUUGACCCCAUCGUCAUUGGUCUUCCACUUGCCCUCGAGGACGAUGUCUUUACGACGAACAAGUUCAUUGAGCUGCCGAUGAAGGACGACAAGCGGCACCUCCGCGUCUUGCGUGCCACUGUCUUUCAGGACGGGUCAUGGGUGACGCACCCAACUGAAGGCCAGACGUACGCCGCAGCACGCAAGUGCCUCCUGCAGCUUGGUGAGGCGACGAUGUGCCUCGACAGGGUGUACCUCGGCAUGUUCCGCCGGCAAGCGAUCGAUGCCACCAACUCGACGCAGCACUAUCUCUCGCGGACCACCACCAUCGAUGCUCAGGCCCGCAUUAUUGGCGGUGGCGAGCACGUGAGGGACGACACUGCUGCCGACGUGCGUGGCCUGGUCUACGCAAUGCCAGGCGCCCCCACUGUUGUCUCCCCCGACGGCGUGCUCAAGGUCGACGCCGACACAAAACUCGUCAAGUACUCGUCCAACACCGAGCGCCUGCGCGACGAGGUGAUGGCUGGGUUCCGCACCGCUGCGGAAGCCAAAGCCAGUAACCCGCGGGGCGUUUGCAGGAAGCGCCUUCAUGAGGAGAGGCGGGCAUACAGUACUGCUGCUAUCCUUGACGCCCUGGGUGGUCUGGGGCAAGACCCAGACGCCGAUGCCGAUGGAGAUGACGACGAGUGUUGCUCCGUCAGCGACAACGACGGCGACAACGACAUUUUCAGCGACAACGACGACGACGACGACGACGACGACAUCUGGGCACCACCCAGCGAUGAGCACGACCCUGGACCCGAGAGUCCAGUCGCCCUCGAUAAGCUCUGGGGUCUCCAAGAGACUGUCUGGGAGGAAUGGCGCCACAGUGUCGCUUUCUUCACCGAAGCCGACGAGGCCUCACUUCCCAGCUCGGUCUCCCCAACCGAUGCCCGCCCCCUCGCCGUCUCGGGGACCUGCUCCGUCGCCUCCUCCUCUGCGCCAGCCCCAGGCGCUGCCAAUGCCUCCGCUGAGACGGAUGGAGAUGGCGACCUUGGCCUUGUCGCGGUCGAUCCGAACGCGCCAGAUUGGCGCGCACUCAAGUUCCGCGAGCUGGCCGCCCAGAUUUCCUCGCCGUACCCUGGACUCGUCCUUGACGGCGUGAAGCUUCGGACUAUCCUGUUCGACUCUGCCCCUGCCACGCGUCCAGAGUUGAUCGAGCUGAUUGGCCGUUCGACGACUAUUACUGGCAUCGACUCUCGCGCGCUGUCGCUUAACAUUGUCGCUGUCAAUGCCGACGACGAAUUCGCCAUUUGCAUUGUCUGUGACCGCAUCCGACACGAGGACGAGAGCACCAACCAAUGGCUUCACCACCUAACCGAGUGUGUAGUGCAGAAUGCCGCCCGCCAGUUGGUUACAGCUUCCGCCGAGGUACAUGGCCUCGACAACUGCCCCUUCCUCAACUGCCAAGGGUACGGGUUUGAAGCCACCCCAGAAGCACUCGCAGUACACGCGUACAGGAGCCACCUCAAUAACGCCCAGUGCCGCGUGGCAAACCUCAAUGGUGAUGUCUGCGGUGCUCCCGUGUCUCCCGCGCACCUAGAGCAGGCUCAUGACAUCGUGGGUAUAUUCUCCGUGACGUCCAUAGCGUCUGAGAGCGUCAUCUUCUGCUGCAACGAGUUGCACGUCGGUCGGCACCGAGUGAUCCCGCACCGUCGCGGACACCUAGAGCCCCUCCUAAUCUCAGUGAAGGCAAACCCUCGGGCACUUGGCUGCGACAAUACACACAGCGGCAGCAACGCUAUCAUGGCAUGCCCCUUUUGCCUCCUCGACGACAGCCUCGACGUCAACGUGCGCGUGAGUAUGUUCAAGAACCGCCAGUCACAGCUGGAGCACAUUUCCCACCACAUCCUCGGUCUACCCGAGCACACCGACACGCCAUGCCCUUACAAUUGUGGCACACAGCUAACUCGAGCCACCGCCGCCGACCACCUCACCAGCCACCACUCACACCGCCUCGCCGGCGUUGCCGGCAACGGCAUUGGAGCGUCGCGCCUAACCAAUGGCGACAUGACACUCCUCAUGGUCUCCAUAUCUUGA